AUGGCCAUCGACAGUAUACCAUAUCCUGAUACCGAUCGCCUGGCCUUCUCCGACAAGACUUUCUACCCAGUCAAGAUCCCCGUCUCUCACUGGCAAUUGCGACACUACAUCUCAUCGCCGGACAAGGACUCGAUAUACUACGCAAGCGGAAACGAAGUCUACUAUCUCAACACCGUCUCUCGGAAACGCAAAUACCUUGCCACUCUGCCCUUCGAGGCACGAUGCACCGCUUCGGGCUUUGGCUGGAUCUGCAUUGGAGGUGAAGAAGAUGGACACUUUGCCGCCAUAAAGCUUGAGGGCUCGUCUCCAGUCCGCUCGGUCGAUGUAGACGCGCCGCUCCCGCUGGACUACUGGCAACCACAAAGAGGCUCCCCCAGGGCUGCCAACGUCAAGCUCGAACGGAUAGGCGAAGAGAUUGUCAACUCCAUCUCUAUCCACCAGAUCCACGAUGAGGAGAACCACUUGUACGACGUUGUCGCCGUCUUGACAAACAACGAUAAGACCGUCCGCGUCUACUCACUAACCCAGGCCCUGGAAACUGCCGUCCUGGACCUGCCGUUCCCCAUGAAUCAUGCUUCUAUAUCUCCUGAUGGCACCACCCUUGUUGCCGUUGGCGACUCAAACCAGGCCUUCUUCUUCACACGAACAUUGCAACAGUCUCCCCCGCAGAUCCCCAAACCUCACAACCGCCUUAACAUGAGCAACGUUACCUGGGAUCUAGCAAAUAUCGUCCAUCUUCGUGCUGGCGACCCUACAGCCCAGCCUGGUUAUUUCACUACUGCAUGGUCACCGAAUGGUAGCUUGGCCGCUUUGGGCUCGGAAGGCGGAUACAUCACUGUCUUUGAUAUGGACCUUUUCGCACAAUGCGCUCCUGAUGAAGCAGAAGAUGCCAUCGUUGCCACUGUCCCAUCAACCAGACCCAACAUUGUUGCCGCACUACAUCCUGGCGCUGUCAGAACCAUGCUCUUUUCUCCCGAGCCUUGGGAUUUGCUCAUCUGGGCCGAGGAUCAAGGUCGAGUUUGCAUCGGGGAUCUGCGUACUGGAUUAAAGACCAAACAAGUCAUCGAGCUCAAGCUAGAUGAGGAAGGCUUGAAGAAAAUUGAGCUUGAGGACCUCGUAUCAGAGGAUUUGGCUGAAGGCGAUCGUCUGGACGACCUACAGCAAGAAAUUCUAAAUCGCUAUCGUGAGGCGCGAGACCCAGCUGAACAGGGCAAUUUUGCCACAGAGUUCCUCCAAGCUCGAGAACACGAACGAUAUCAACAUCUUGAUCGAGCCCGUGCAACCUUACCAACUUCGCGCGAGGCAGCAUCAACAUCCGAAGACGAUCCCCGAGGCCUCACUGCACACGAGCAACAAAUUCUUGAAGCACUGCGUACCACCAGACAACGCGAGGAGGCCCGUACCUCAGGAAGCACCCCUCGCUCCAUCAAUUACACGAGAGCCGGCCUUUUCAGCGCGCACACCAGCAACCGUUCUGGAACAACUUUACGAUCCUCUGAUAGCCCUCGCCCGUUCAGCGAUGUCUUGGUGAACCACAAUGAUCCUUAUGCAGCCUUUCCAGAGCUGUCUCGAACAUCACAGCGAGAGUCAUCCGAGUCUCGACCAAGGGACCGUGCUUCGGGUGAUAACACAUUGCCACCUCUUCACUCAAUCCAGGAAUAUCUGAUGCUUCGGGACAGAGAGCGAGAAGCUUCGUCGACGUCUAACACAAAUCGUGGGCCUGCCAUCCGCCGAUCUGGAGCAGGAGGAGUUCCUACGUUGACGAGCACUGCCACACCUAUACCUCCGCACGCAGCGCGGGCGCCUACUACUAGCGCAGAGACAGAAGAGGACAACCCAUGGCGUACCAUCUCCAAUGCAAUGAGUUUGGCUAGAGGACCACUUUUCGAGUCUCCUCGGUCAAUGGAUGCCAGCACUCGACAAUCCCGUGAACGAGAAGCAAUGGUGCGUACGGAACAGUUCCGCCAGCUUGCUUCGCAGCGCGACCGUCUUCGUGGAUUGAGGCGUGAGUUUGAAAGCGGAACAGACGCAGCGGCGAGCUUGUACGAUACACUCACCUCGUUGCGAGGCUUUACAUCGGCUCGCCCAACAGCAUUCCAUGAUGGGUAUGAGAUGCUAUUGCGCAGAUCAGGUCGCGAAGCUACAAUAGGAGUGAGAACUUCCGGCCUGGCCAUCAGUCAUGACGGUCGCAAACUAUGGGCGGCUUGCGAGGAGGGCAUCUUCGAGAUUGACCUGCAGGUCAAGUUGAGAAUGAUGUUUCCAGCAGUGGAAAUGAAAUAACGAACAUACAUGAUCAGGUUGUACAUUUACGGCGUAUUGGGAGGGGGAAUGGACACAUUAGGCAUUGGAGCGCUGAUAGCAUUGGGGUACUGGGGCAUUGCCGGCGCAUGGGAUGCUGCCACUCGAUGGCAUGCUUUCUCUGUUUUCUCUUCGAUUCUCUUAUUCGUGUAUACAAUAAUUAACGGCAUCUCUUUCUCAAGCAAUACAUGAGAAACUGUCGACUC